GAUCCCCUCUCCCCCUUUUUUUUUAAUGUUUAGUUUUGAGAGACCGAGCUUGAGCAGGUAAGGGGCAGAGAGAGUAGGAGACACAGAAUCCAAAACAAGCUCCAGGCUCAGAGCUGCCAGCGCAAAAGCCCAAUGCGAGGCUAAACUCACGAACCGCCAAGAUCAUGACUUGAGCCAAAGUCAGACGCUUAUUCGACUGCACCACACAGGCGCCCAUCUGAUUUCCUUUUUCAGAAACACCCAGAAAAAUCUGUCAAUAUUGGACUGGCAUCCUCAUAAUGAAACAAUCUGCUGAAUAGCGCAGAAGCUCUCUCCUUGAUGCUGGGUCUGCUUGUUAUCUGUGAUAUCGAAAGUAAGGGAGUUCAGAAUACAGCCCUCAGUCAGUUCCCAUCAGUACCAAAGGCUCUCCUCCCUGAGCCACCAGAACAUCCUCCAGUCUGUAGUAGGUGAACUUCAUCACUGCAAGUAGGGUAAAGUCCGCAGGUGCAUCCUAGGGAGGGGGAGGGGCGACCGCACUGUGAGGGGCUUAAGGGCGCCACCCACACAGAAUUUCACUCUCAAGCAAAGGCAACAAGUGCACGUUUUAAAAAUACAGCAUUAUAUAGCGCCGAGUAAGAAAACCCUUUUGGCCAAAGACUGCUAUGGUCGUGUAAAAAGCAUCAAAUUUGGUCUUCUGCUGGCCUUUCCGGCUUAAGGGGCCUGGUGACACCAAGAAGCCCUUGUCCUCUUGCACCCGGUUUUAGGAGGCCCUCUCCUAAGGGCGGAGAGAUCCCUUAAAAGCCGCUGGGCAAGGAUACCCCUUCCCGCCCUCAUUCGUGGACACUGUACUGUUCUGAUGAGCUGGGAGUGCAUGGGGGCCAGUCCGGCCUCACUCGGUGGCUGGCGGCGGCGGGGCGCUGGGAGAGAGGGGCCGGCCCGGCUAGGGCGGAGAUUGGGGCGGGGCCCGGCCCAAGAACCGCCUCAGCCCCACCGCCUAGCCCCGCGCGCGCUUCCUCCAAACACCCUCUCUCGCACCCCCCACCCCCCCCCCCACCCCCUUUACGUAUUCAGGAAGGGAGACUGCGGCUGGGGAACCAGGUCAAGAGAGCCCGGGAUCCUGUACCGCCCAGAGGCGGCGGCGGCCUCCGCCCAGGAAGCCCCACCCAGCAGGAGCCCGGACGUAGCGGCGCCCGCAGAGUCCACGCGCGACCGGGCGAGGGCGCGGGAGGGCGCCUGCGGCAUGACGCGACUCGCGGCGCGUCCCGUGACGCCAUCGCGCCCGCUUUUGAAAGUUGGCGCCCGGGGCCGCCUCCCAUGCUGCCCUGCGCCAACCCCUCCCCUCACCUUUCCUCCCCCGCCCUCCACUCGUCGCCUGGUCGGCCCCCCCACCCGUCCCUUCCCUUAUCAGCACCCGCGGCCCCGGCAGCGCCGACGCAGGCGCACUGCACCGCGCCGCCGCCAUUUUGUGUCCGAGCCUGUGGAGCGAUUAAACCGUGCGCGGAGCUGCUUCUUUGGCGGCAGCUGCGGCGGCGGUAGCCGGUGCGGGUGCGCGGAGCUGUCCGGGGACGCCGGGUGGCCGGAGCGGUGGAGCGGCGGCGGAGCGGGCGCUGCAGGGGGUGUGGCGCGGAGAAUGGUCACAGAUCUGGAGCCAAAGACCAAGAUGCACUAGUGGACAGGUUGCUGACCAGGGGCUUGAGAGCUGGGUUCUGUGUUCUCUCCUGAAACUGACUUUGCAGCCACGGAGAGGGUACAAAGUGGUAUGAUUCCGGGGUACUUGAAGCCACAAGAUAAGCAUGACCCAUCUUCUUGGAGCUUCAAUUGUGCUCAUUGAGGGGGCGGUGAGUUAAGUAAUUUGACUGGAAGGGGAAAUGGAAGGUGAGGCGGUUGAAGCCAUUGUGGAAGAGUCUGAAACUUUCAUUAAAGGAAAGGAAAGAAAGACUUACCAGCGACGCCGGGAAGGUGGCCAGGAAGAAGAUACUUGCCACCUACCCCAGAACCAGACUGAUGGGGGUGAGGUGGUCCAGGAUGUCAAUAACAGUGUGCAGAUGGUAAUGAUGGAACAGCUGGAUCCUACCCUUCUUCAGAUGAAGACUGAAGUAAUGGAGGGUACAGUCGCUCCAGAAGCAGAGGCUGCUGUGGACGAUACCCAGAUCAUAACCUUACAGGUUGUAAAUAUGGAGGAACAGCCCAUAAACAUAGGAGAGCUUCAGCUUGUCCAAGUACCUGUUCCUGUGACUGUACCUGUUGCUACCACUUCAGUAGAAGAACUUCAGGGGGCGUAUGAGAAUGAAGUGUCUAAAGAGGGUCUUGCAGAAAGCGAACCCAUGAUAUGUCACACCUUACCUUUGCCUGAAGGGUUUCAAGUGGUGAAAGUAGGGGCCAAUGGAGAGGUGGAGACGCUAGAGCAAGGGGAACUUCCACCUCAAGAAGAUCCUAGUUGGCAAAAAGACCCAGAUUAUCAGCCGCCAGCCAAAAAAACAAAGAAAACCAAAAAGAGCAAACUGCGUUACACAGAGGAGGGCAAAGAUGUGGAUGUGUCUGUCUACGAUUUUGAGGAAGAGCAGCAGGAGGGUCUGCUAUCGGAGGUUAAUGCAGAGAAAGUGGUUGGUAACAUGAAGCCUCCAAAACCAACAAAAAUUAAAAAGAAAGGUGUAAAGAAGACAUUCCAGUGUGAGCUUUGCAGUUACACAUGUCCGCGGCGUUCAAAUUUGGAUCGUCACAUGAAAAGUCACACUGAUGAGAGACCACACAAGUGCCAUCUCUGUGGCAGGGCAUUCAGAACAGUCACCCUCCUGAGGAAUCACCUUAACACACACACAGGUACUCGUCCUCACAAGUGCCCAGACUGUGACAUGGCCUUUGUGACUAGUGGAGAAUUGGUGCGGCAUCGUCGUUAUAAACACACCCAUGAGAAGCCAUUUAAGUGUUCCAUGUGCGAUUACGCCAGUGUAGAAGUCAGCAAAUUAAAACGUCACAUUCGCUCUCAUACUGGAGAGCGUCCAUUCCAAUGCAGCUUGUGCAGUUAUGCCAGCAGGGACACAUACAAGCUGAAGAGGCACAUGAGAACUCAUUCAGGGGAAAAACCUUAUGAAUGUUAUAUUUGUCAUGCUCGGUUUACCCAAAGUGGUACCAUGAAGAUGCACAUUUUACAGAAGCACACAGAAAAUGUGGCCAAAUUUCACUGUCCCCACUGUGACACUGUCAUAGCCCGAAAAAGUGAUUUGGGUGUCCACUUGCGAAAGCAGCAUUCCUAUAUUGAGCAAGGCAAGAAAUGUCGAUACUGCGAUGCUGUGUUUCAUGAGCGCUAUGCCCUCAUCCAGCAUCAGAAGUCACACAAGAACGAGAAGCGCUUUAAGUGUGAUCAGUGUGAUUACGCUUGCAGACAGGAGAGGCACAUGAUCAUGCACAAGCGCACCCACACCGGGGAGAAGCCUUAUGCCUGCAGCCACUGCGACAAGACCUUCCGCCAGAAGCAACUCCUUGACAUGCACUUCAAACGUUAUCAUGACCCCAACUUUGUCCCUGCAGCCUUUGUCUGUUCUAAGUGUGGGAAAACAUUUACACGCCGGAAUACCAUGGCAAGACAUGCUGAUAAUUGUGCUGGUCCAGAUGGCGUAGAAGGGGAAAAUGGAGGGGAAACAAAGAAGAGUAAACGUGGAAGAAAAAGAAAGAUGCGUUCUAAAAAAGAAGACUCCUCUGACAGUGAAAAUGCUGAGCCAGAUCUGGAUGACAAUGAGGAUGAGGAGGAGCCUGCUGUGGAAAUUGAACCCGAGCCAGAGCCUCAGCCUGUGACCCCAGCCCCACCACCUGCCAAGAAGCGGAGAGGACGCCCCCCUGGCAGAACCAACCAGCCCAAACAGACCCAGCCCAUCAUCCAGGUGGAAGACCAGAAUACAGGUGCAAUUGAGAACAUUAUAGUUGAAGUAAAAAAAGAGCCAGACGCCGAGCCCGUGGAAGGGGAGGAGGAGGAGGCCCAGCCAGCCGCUGCAGACGCCCCCAACGGAGACCUCACGCCUGAGAUGAUCCUCAGCAUGAUGGACCGGUGAUGGCAGGGCGUUGCUCAUCGCCAGGACUGCUCUGGGCUGUGUUUAAACGGCCUGCAUCUUAAUUUUUCUCCCUCUUUCUUCUUUUGGCUUUGGGAAAAGCAUCAUUUUACACCAUUUUACCAAACAUACUGAGAACUAAAACUUCAAGGAUGAUGUUAGAAAAAUGUGAUUUAACUAGAACUUGCUGUUUGAUGUUAGCAAAUCAUGGAAUGUUCUGAGUCCCUGAGGGUUUACUGUGAAGUGCUGAGGACAGUGUUGAUGCCUGACUGGUUUUCUUAGACGGAAACAGAGACAUUGAACCCUCUCUCUUGGCUAUGGUAAACCACUCCAGAAUGGCCACCAGGUUUCCCAGAGUUCUAGGUCUUCUUCCCAGGAGAGUUUUUAAUUGUAAAUGCAGACUUGGGAAGGACUUACACUUUUAAACUGGUUUUUGCUUCUGCUUCUCCCUGACUCCCUUUGCUCGGAGCCAGCUGCACACCAGUAGUACGGCAUGCUGCGAUCGGUUUCUGUCCUGAAGGCUUUGCCUCUUUCUUGGCAGAGUUUCUGGUAUGGUCAAGCUUGUAAAUAACUUUUUUUACAUUUUAAUCUUUUCCAUUAAUUAAGAGGUUGAAAAGAAGUGCAGUGUAAGAAAACCCAGCAUUUUAAUUACUUGCAAAUUAAGUCACCACAGACUCUGUAGUGUGUAAAUGUUGACGAGGAAUUGGAUCACAAUCAUGUAGCAGAACGGCACCCAGACUACUGCCGCUAGUGAUGGACACCCACGUGGAAGAUCGGAUUUCCAGCCCAUGGAGCCAGCAUUUGAACCUUGUACAAUUAACUUUCAGUUAUGAUUUCCCAUCCACAUUUUCUUUGCUCUGUUUGUAGCUGAAUUUUGUGUUUUAGAACUCCUCUGUUCAAGCAGAAGGAUGAUUAUGAGUGGGUCACAGCAGCCCUUAAAAGCUGGGCCAGAAAAUUUCACUAGGUCAGUAAUUUAAACUUCGGAUCUGCAAAAAAAAAAAAAAAAAAAAAAAAAAAAAAAGUAAUAAUAAUAAUGUGAAACAAAACCAACUAAAAAGUGAUUCUUGCACAUGAACUGUCACAUGUUUAAAAUGUGUUUUUUAGAGAGCCUCAGUCUUGCUGAUUUCAAACACUUUUUUCUUCUGUGUAUUGCUUUUAAAAGAGCCAUCAGUUAGCUAUCAAACUCUAGGUUGAUGCAUUUUGUACUUAGCUGUACUGUGUGAUAUUUUUCAUUAUUUUAGGACACCAACAUGAGACCUGUAAUAAAAUAUGUAAUGGGGUUGAAAGCUGGGGAGGAGGACCUACUGCUGUACAGCUAAUAAAUCAUAACGGAUUAACAAGUGCUCCA